AGGAAAAAGUCUGCGAGAAGGGAAGAAAAUUCAGGAAUCUGACAAAAUGAGCAGGAUUUAUGACAACACAUCUUUACAAAACAAACCGGUCCACAGUGAGAAGUUUGAUCGUGUCUGGUCACCUUCUUCGUAUGAAAGGGGUCCUGGAGUCCUUCUGGAAGGAGCACUGCUGGAUGUUUCCAGACAUUCAGUCAGUGACACAAGCGGUCAAAAGGUUCGCUUCUAUGUGCUGUACGUCAAACCCAGCCGCAUCCAUCAGAGGAAGUACGAAGCAGACGGGUCGGAGGUCGAGCCAAACUUCAGUGACACCAGAAAGGUCAACACGGGCUUCCUGAUGUCCUCUUACAAGGUGGAGGCUAAAGGAGAGUCGGACCGUCUGAGCGAGGAGCAGCUCUCAGCGAUGGUUAACAAAUGUGAGCUGGUUAAGAUAACCGACAAGCACCGACCUGCCGGCUCCUGGGCCUUCUGGUACCCGGAGUCAGAGAUGGACAAAACAGAGCUGGAAACGGGGCAGGAAGUACGGCUGAAGACCAGAGGAAACAGUCCUUUCUUAUUGUCUUUAGCCAAAGUGGACAGCGGGACGGUGACCAGGUGUAACUUUGCUGGGGACGAACAGGCCGGCGCCUCGUGGACGGACAAAAUAAUGGCCAACAAGUCGGACACCAGCGGCUGUCAGAGCGCUGGAGGAGGAGGAGAAGGAGAGGGAGCAGAAGAAGAUGAAUGGGAUGAUUGAGGAAUCUGACUGUCCCCAUCAGCUCUACCUCCUGACCCCGAUCUCUUCUGCAGGGAGGACGCUGAACAGAUGCAAACUGAAAGCUCUGCAGGAGGAGACAGGACUCGCUUUGUCUCCUUCAGAAAUGUGCAUUGUUGUAGAAUUCCCUUCUUGCAGCCUUUGAAUUUGAUUUCCUGGUUUAUAAAACUGUGACUACCACACGCACACACACACACGCACACGCACACACACACACACACACGCACACGCACACGCACACACACACACACACACACACACACACACACACACACACACACACACACACACACACACACACACACACACACACACCAUUUCCAGUAUAAUUAGUCUUUUCUGGAAGUUGGAUCACGUGUACACCGGUUCCAUGUAAACAGCUGUUUUCUGUUAUGAAGCUAACUGAGCUGCUGCAUUCUCACUGGCGUCAGAUUUCUGUUUGCAUAACGAUGGCCUGAAUUUUUUGGAAGGACAUUUUACUCAUUUCAUCAUUUGAACAUCAUUUUAACCGUAUAUCGACUUGCAUCCUCGGACGAUAGCAGAAUUCUGAUUUAAACAGACUUCUACCCGUCCCAGGGUCCUGCACAUGUCCUCGGACAAAGCGGGCCUCAUUCCCUCCACGUUGGUCUCGGUGAGGUUAAAGCCAGAAACAAUCUGAGACAUUUCCAGGCUUACGGCACUUCAGCCCAACCAUCAUUGUCACUCCUCCUGUGUUUUAUUAUUGGUCAUGUUUCUAUUUCUCCAGAUUUUUUUUAUUGGGGUUUCUGGAAGAAUAUAUUUUUUUAUCAUAAGGAACUUUGUAGUUACUUUUUUUGCAAGUUAAAGAGCAAGUCGCCCCCAGAUCAACCUUUUUCCUGAUAAACUAUAUAAAUGCAUGUCUAAUCGUGCUGCAGACACGUGUCGUCAAUAGUUUUGCACUUUAGUGCAUUUUAGUUCAUUUUAAUUUUCUGCCUAAAACUGUCAGUGUUGUGCCGUUGUCAGGUAAAAACUCUGCACUGCAAUUGAAUUUAAAUCUGCCAUCGCUAUUGGCUAAGAGGUACCCUAGAACGUUAGCUGGUACCACAUGAUGUCACAACGUCGUUGUGAGCCUGUGUGUGUGUAUUUGUUAGCGGCUCCGCCCUCUCGGCCUGCUAGGCAACAGCAUUUGUUUCAUUUUUCAAACAGGAAGUGGGAGUGGAGUAAUUCUCUGUUAGGGGGUGACUUGCUCUUUAACACAGCCUGUGGUGACGCAGCAUUGUUAGCAUUGACGUCUCGUUGAUGCUCCAGAAUUUUGUCCUUUAGGUAAAAAUGAAUGCAACUCCAUUUAUUUUAUGUAGAAAGUAGAUUUUUUAAAGUGUUGUGCAAAAAUAAAAUGUAUUAAAUGCAUAAACAAGACAGAAAAGGUGAUAUAAAUGUACAUUUAAGUAAAAAAAAGAUCUUGUAAAUGCAGAGUUGGGUUAAUUUUACCAAAUCAAAUAGUUUCAGGUGCCUAACUGCCAGAUUUUUAUACAAUGAAAUAAAAUAGAAUAUUA